CGCAGGGGGGCGGGCGGCGCUCCUUCCCAUCGGGUCACGUGUGACAGGAAGUGGCGCCCACUGCGGAGAAUCAGCGAUGGGGACCUCCUUGGACAUCAAAAUUAAAAGAGCAAACAAGGUUUAUCACGCUGGGGAAAUACUCUCCGGUGUGGUGGCCAUAACUAGUAAGGAUUCAGUCCAGCAUCAGGGAGUAUCUCUGACAAUGGAAGGAACUGUAAAUCUCCAGCUCAGUGCCAAAAGUGUGGGUGUGUUUGAAGCUUUUUAUAAUUCCGUUAAGCCUGUGCAGAUUAUCACCAGCACCAUAGAAAUGGUGAAGCCAGGAAAAUUCCCCAGCGGCAAGACAGAAAUUCCUUUUGAAUUUCCUCUGCACGUGAAGGGUAACAAAGUUCUGUAUGAGACUUACCAUGGCGUGUUUGUCAACAUCCAGUACACACUGCGCUGUGACAUGAGGCGGUCUUUGUUGGCCAAGGACUUGACCAAGACCUGUGAAUUCAUCGUUCACUCUGCUCCUCAGAAGGGGAAACUGACUCCAAGUCCUGUGGACUUCACAAUCACCCCGGAAACCUUGCAGAAUGUCAAAGAGAGAGCCUUGCUGCCCAAAUUUCUUAUUAGAGGACAUCUCAACUCAACUAACUGUGUUAUCACACAGCCACUGACAGGAGAACUGGUGGUUGAGCACUCAGAAGCAGCCAUCAGGAGCAUAGAGCUGCAGCUGGUCCGUGUGGAGACUUGUGGGUGUGCAGAAGGGUAUGCGCGAGAUGCCACAGAGAUUCAGAACAUCCAGAUUGCCGACGGGGACAUUUGCCGGGGCCUCUCUGUACCCAUACACAUGGUUUUCCCCAGGCUAUUCACGUGCCCUACACUGGAGACCACCAACUUCAAAGUGGAAUUUGAGGUCAACAUCGUUGUGCUGCUUCACGCCGAUCACCUCAUCACAGAGAACUUCCCACUGAAGCUCUGCAGGAUGUAGCCCACGAGGGGCGCGUGGGAAACAGGCGUAACCGAGGGGACAUCCAGCUGGUUGCCAGACUUACAGGGAGCCACGGGCUGCGGCACAUUCUCGUUUUUGUGAUUAUUCUGUGUCAGAAAUGAAUCUGACUGCUCAAAGUAUAAUCACCUCACUCUCAUUUCCUCGAGCCUUCUGCUUCUAGUGGGCGCCCCAUGGGCAGACCUUUUCUUUGAAAUGCAACAGGAGUUUCUUAAUGUCAUUUCCCCUGUUAUUCCUGACUUACCUGUUCCUCUGAGGUAGAAUGAAGCUGUUUCUGACAGCAGUCGGAGUGUUGCUGCAAAGUGAGACCGUGAAAAGGAGACUUCUUCACAACCUGCUGAUGGAACUCUUGGCAGAAAAGGGCCUGCGGCCACUGCUGAGCAGCCAAGUGGACUGGCUGCCGAUGAAGCUGUGGACACCCUAUGGGAGGAGUGCAAAGUGGCAGCCACUGGACAUGCGUAGCGUGUGUUUCAUCUAUUCUGUAGUCCUUUUUAUCAUACUUUUCACUGUGGCAUCAUGCCUUUAGGGAACUGGGACGGACGUCAUUCUUGCUGUCACAGGAGUUAGGGGUUAGGUAGUGAUGGCUGGUGCUGGAGCGUUUCUGAAGUCCUGGGAGCUGGUGUAAAAUCUCAGGUUGCCAUAUUCCCAGAAGACACUUAAACACGAGGUUGUGUCCCGUGUCUGAUAGUGUGUUUGUUGUGUGAGUUCUGAAUGGCAGGAAACCCGCUCCCAGCGCAGCAGGUGGAGCCCUCUGCAUGAGGUGAUCUCAGGAAAAUGCCAGUGACUUGGUGAACUUGGCUGGUCUCAGGCCUGCCUAAGGCCACCUAUGCUUUGAGCCAGGGGUUUGGGGCCUGGAGCCAUUUUGACUUAGCCUCUCAAUGUCGUUGUUAGCGUGUGGUGAGUCUGGUGCGACCCGUUUCUUCCUUCAGAUCCAGCCUGUGCUUCUGCUGGUUCACAAAUAACAAGACCACAAAAAUAAGUAAUACCACUUUGCGUGCCGACUGGCCUUCCCCUGGCACUCUUCCUCAGUAGGCCUGGGCCAGGCCAACUUGUGCUCAAGGCCUCGCAGGCUGUGCUUCCCACCACCCCUUAACAGUGUGGUGUAUGUGUGCUGAGGAAAAGUAAACCUGACUUGGGCCCUGCCUUAUUCUAGGGUUUUACCAGUGAAGUUGGUAAAACUUAUCAACUGAGUCACUUAAUAGUUGGCUCCCAAAGAAUACAUUACUGGUUUAUAAAUUUCCUGUUGUGUUCACAUGACAAUACUCUUCCUUGUUUAUAUAUUUAGAGUAGCAGAAAAUGAAGAGGCAGCACUUUCUGGGAAAUUUCUAGGAUAGAAAUCAUUUUUAAUUAAAAAAAACUAAAUGAAAAUUUUGAGAAAAAUUUUGGGAUUUAUAUUGCUGUACAAUUUCUUCAGUAAACUGAUUUUAUGAUGAUAAAUACGUGAGCGUUCUCCUGUGAGGAGAAAAAUUAUUACCUUCAGAGCUGCCAGCCACCCAGCUAUCUAUCUCUCAAUUCAUCCAACCCUGAGUGGCCCAGAUUAGGGCCUCAAUUUGGCCAUUUCCUUCUCCUUUGUGGCGUGACAUUUCCACGACUGAUUAUUAAGGGAGACUCAGAUGUUUGAAUAUCUCGGACCUCAACCGUCGUGACACUGCUUUGGUUGGAUGGAGCUGGGAUGUCCCACUUUCUUAGGCUCAAGGUUAUCAGACUAAGUUCUCCAGUUGGUUAGACCUAGAAGAAAGGAAAGGUAAGGGAGGCAAAGGAAAGAGUCUGAGAACUGAAUCAGAAAAUACCUUUUUUGGAAAUGCCUGUUUCAACAGGAAUACAUUUUGGCUCUCAGCUCUAAUUAUUUCAGCAGAAAUGGGACCUAAGUACAUGGCGGGUGACUGAGAGCAUGGCUUCUGGAUCCAGACUGCCUGGUUUGAGCCGCAGCCCCUCUACUGAUCAGGGGAGGAUUAUCCGUUAAGCAAGGUCAGCAUGGGCUCACUUGUGCUUACUAGUCCGUAGUGGACAAUUGCACGUGGGUUUCAUGUACCUGUGCUUACCUUGCCUACUGGGUCUUCUACCCCCCACUCAGGGACUGUAACUUUGAAAAGUGGCUUCGAUUGUGUAGGACGGUUCAGUGGGUUUGGGAGACAGACAGAUGCCAGCCAUACCUAGAAGCAGAACCUUUGAUGUGAAAAAAAAUGUGAAGCUGUCAUUAUGUAUGAUCUGUGAGCAGAUCACCUGUAUUGCUUACCUUGCCUGUUGGAUAACCUAUCGCUGCUAAUAGCCGUAUGUCUUUGGUUAAGCUAUUUAACCUCUGCCUCAGGUCCAUUAGGCCUGAACUGCAGAUAAGAGUCCCUGCCAAAUUGUUGGUUUGAGGCAUUCUGGUUCAACCCCCUGCUGAGAAUUUGCCUUUCUAUCCCAGAUAUACUGAAUCAGAAUCUGUAUUUUAACAAGAUCCCUAGGUGUUGAUGGGGAAGUGGACUUUGAAGCCAUUUCUGCUUUCACUGCUGGAGCCUCAUAAUUCCUGUGUCUGAGCCCACAUUGCUCUUCCAAAAAGUAUCGGGCUAAGAUUACCACCACAUGCUGAUUGAAGGGCUAGAGCUGAUGGCCAGUGCCCUCCCCAAGCCCUGUUCUGACUUUCCCUUCUUUUUGCAGAUGUAGAGUUGUAUUUCUGUGGGCCCCAGGGCUCCAAGAUAGGUACUUAUUUCCCAGAAUCCUUUGCAGUUCUGCUGGUCAUGUGACUGCAUUCUCCCAGUAGCAUGCAACCAGGGAGGGCAUGGCCCACACAGGGCUUGGCCACUGAACAGUUGGCUGGGCAUGUUCCCACAACCAAACACAAGGGUGCUUGUGUCCCAGCAUGGUCCACACUGGGGAGGAUGGCAUCCUGGGGAUGGCAGAGAAGGGAAAGCAGAAAAACUGGGUCAUCCCUGAAUGUGUGAGCAGAACGCCUCCCAGUGCUGUUUGGGGUUACAAGAGAGAAAUUAACUUGUCUUUAAGCCAUUAUGUUGCUGGAUUUCUUGGUUCCAUUAGCUCAGCCUUUACCCUAGAGUUAGCACGGGGGUGGGGGGGAUUCCCACUCAGUGCCUACGGGCCCCUACCCUUGUUAUCCCAGGUCACCCAAGGACCGUAGGACAAGUAAAUAGCUCACUUCAUCUUCAUGACCACCCCCUGAACCAAGACUCAGCUUCCAGAAGACUCAGAGGUCCAGUACCUUGCCCAGGUCCCCAGCUGGUCAAGUUCCAGGGCAGGAUGUCUACCCAGCUCUCCUUGGCAGCCCUGGACACACCCUACUGAGUAAAACUUGAGUGUGCAGAGUAGAAGGGGAAAAUGGGCCAUUUUCACUCCCAUUCAGUAUUAAGUCAGUUAAAAGAACACUUAACAGCUUUACCUGAGAGAAAUGUCAAUACCAAAAGUAAAUUCUGUUAAUGACAGCUGAAAUCUCUCCCUACGGUUUAGGAAGGAGAGGUUCAGCAGGCUCAGGGGAGUGUAGGUUAUUGGAGCUGUGCUGCUAUCUAGUGCUGAUGGCCAAAUUAUCCUUGAAACUUACUAGGAAGUGCCACUUUAAGUGAGGCCAAACUCUCGCCUUUCAGAUGUAUGAGACAGAAGUUUCUUCUGCUCAGGGGAGCUCAGUUUUAAGUUGCUGAGGCAUUAAUAGAUACCAGAUACAGAUUUUGGUCUAACGAUAGAGCUACGUGUUAGUUGUUAUUCUAGAUCAGACCCUAUUUUGAGGUCUAGGCACAUACUACCAUUUGUCAUAGCAAUCCUAUGACCAAAAAAACCAAA